AUGGUCAACUCCUGUUGUGGUUCUGUGUGCUCUGAGCAGGAGACCUGCUGCCGCCCCAGCUGCUGCCAGACCUCCUGCUGCCGCCCCAGCUGCUGCCAGACCUCCUGCUGCCGCCCCAGCUGCUGCAUCUCCAGUAGCUGCCCUACCCCCUGCUGCAGACCUCCAUGCUGCCAGUCUGUGUGCUGCCAGCCCACUUGGGGCAGACCCAGCUGCUGCAUCUCCAGCUGCUGCAAGCCCACCUGCUGCCAGCCCACAUGCUGUCGACCCACCUGCUGCGUCUCCAGCUGCUGUAAGCCCCUGUGCUGCCAGCCCCCGUGCUGCAGACCCACCUGCUGCCAGCCCACCUGCUGCCAGCCCACAUGCUGUCGACCCACCUGCUGCAGAACCCAGUGCUGCCGCCCCAGCUGCUGCACUGUGUCCACCUGCUGCUGCCCUAGCUGCUCCAGUGCUUCUUGCUGCUAA